AUGCAACUCUGCGUGAGGUGGGAGGCUCGGAGAAAGAAGCUGACCGAUCAGAUUUGGGAUUUGGAUCCAGACAUCGUGUCACUGGUGAUCUCGUCCGCUGAUGGCUGCGGCAUCUUCUGGCGCCGUUCCAAGUUCCAGAUGGUGGCCAGCGAGGCUGGAGACAAGGGACGGGAGAAGCGCGACCGAAGCUGCCUGAUGGUACUUCUGAGAUGGAAGAAUGCCCCUCACACCCUGCCGCUGGUCGUGGUCUCCACCCACUUGGCCAAGGACCCCUACAACAAAGCCCAGACAGCCAUCCGUGUCAGACAGGUGACACAGAUUAUGGCCUCUUUGACAGCCUUUACGACCACGCACGAUGCCAAAGAUUGUCCUGUGGUGCUGUUGGGGGACCUCAAUGCACGCCACUUUGGAGAGAUCCGAGGGACUUUGCAAGCUUCAGCCCAGCUGCGGUACGGAAAGAGGCAGGACUUGCCGAAGCUUGGUGUGAUGGAUCAGAGGCAACAUGACAAGAUUGUGGAUGAGUACAGGCACUUCAGAUACUAUGCGACCCUGCUUCUGCUUCCCGCAGUCCUCUACACCACCCUCAAGCACUGGUCUGCCGGGAAGCAUUUCCCCAUGACGGGCUCCAGCAGCUUCCAGGUCCUCUUGCGGGGGAAGUUCGUGGACUGUCGUGCGCCGUCGGACCUUCGGGGUGCCGACCUCUACUGCAUGCUGGCGAACGGGGUCUUCUUCUGUUAUCUUGGCCUGUGGAACUUCUUCGUCUUGCAUCAGCGCCGUGAAGACCGAAACGUCUUCGACCCAUCGGCUCGUGUACUGGUGCCGCUGUGCAUCGCAUGUGCACUCCUCCGGCCAAAGUCCACUGUGCUGCACUUCAGCUUUUUCGGAGCCUUGGCAGUUGGCUUUGUCUGCCUGCUCUUUGGAUCUGGCAUUGUGGCAGUGGUGCUCGUGCUUCUGUGGAUCGGCACCUUCGAAGGUCGAUCGAGCAAAGUUAAGCUGUGCUUCUCCCUGGGCAAGGCUUACGAUGUGAUCAGCCACAGUCUUCAGUGGGUUCAGCGAGCUGCGAAGGAUCCCUGGAUUCAGCGUGCCCAUGAGAAGAUGUACAGGUCCCGAGCAGCGUUCAAGCUGAAGCAGAUUGACGCCAAGUUCUCCAUCUUCAGCAGGAAGGGGGUGAUCAUCGAUCUGGGCUGCAAUCCGGGCAGUUGGUCGCAGAUCGCCUUGGAGAAGACGGGGCGGCACGCGGUGGUGCUAGGUGUGGACAAGAUCCUGAUGGAGCCAUUGGAGAACCACCACUUCAUCCAAGGUGACAUCAAGGAUGCUGGGACGUUGAGGCAAGCGGAAGAAAUCCUUUGCGGCCGUCCGGUGUCACUGGUGUUGGCAGAUUUGGCUCCGGUGAUGACCGGCUCGCGGAUCGACGACCACAUGGCCUCUGUGGAGCUGAGUAAGGUGGCGCUGAGUUGGGCGCUGAAGCUCUUGCGGCCCAACGGCUGCUUCGUGACGAAGGUCUUCGCGGGGGGGUUCCUGGAGCGCUUCCGCGACCAGCUCGCCGAGCGCUUCGCCAAGGUGAAGACGGCCAAGCCUGCGGCGUCCAGACAGGAGAGCGUGGAGAUUUAUUUGGUGUGCAAGGGCUUCACCGGCUCGAGCGAAGUCAUCCCCAACGAAGUACACCCCUCAGACCACUUCCCCGUGUUCGUGGCUUUUGCGAUGAAGGAGGGCUACGAGAAGCACCGUGAAAGUGCAAGGGCCUGGCUGGAGUGUGUGGCCGGGCGCGAGAAGGUCCAUCCGCUAAGCGACGAGGAGCUGCGUGAUGCCUUUGAGUUCUUUGACCGGGAUCGGAACGAACGCAUUCACCGCCGUGAUCUGGAGGAAGCGUGCGUAGAGCUCCGGUGCCAGUUCCACGUGGAUGUGCCUCACCUGCUCCUGGAGUGCUUCCCAAACAAAGAGAUUUGCUUUGAGAACUUCCUGCGAGCAUAUGAGGCCAGCCUCCGGACAGAGCGCAUGCGCGCAGUUGGUGACCUGGAGUGUGCCUUCCGAUACUUCGCCGGGGAGUCCGACUCCAUUGAGCUCGCGAAGCUCCAGGAAGCCUUCCGGGAGAUCACCCCCAUAAGCUUCUCGGAUGACGAGGUGAAGGACAUGAUUGGUCGAUGCAGCCGCAAUGGUCAGGCUUCUGUGCACCUCCAUGACUUUUGCGAGGUGGUCUGCCGCGCGACAUUCCCGGACCGGAAGGCCAUGCAGCGCAUACACCAGGGCGGACGGGCCGAUUCGCGCACCAGCUCGCGCCAGGGCAGACGCACGUCCACCAAGGAGAUCAGCUUCCGCCUCGACUUGUUGCACAAGACCGUCUCGGGAAAAGGGUUGGACAAGGGCCCGAGUACCGAUGAAUUGAUGCCUUUGAUGGAAGACUGA